UUCUCUUUCUGCGCAAACGAGCAGCUUUCCUACCCUAGAAUCCCGGUCCCUGCCAUGGCGGCGGCGGCGGGCCUCCACCAAGACGUUCUCGCCCGUAUCUUGCUCCUCCUGUCGUGCAUCGUGGACCGCGUCAGGGCGUCCGCGGUCAACAAGCACUGGCGGCGGGUCUCGCUGCAGAAUCCGCCCCCGCUGCCGCGCCUCCUCAGGCCAUCCACGGCCCGGACCGAGAGCUACCGGAUCUUCGGCGGCUUCGUCGAUCUGCACCCGUCCCUCUCUGACGAGGGCCGCGGGCCGCGUUUCUGCGGGUCUGCUCCGGGCGGCUGGUUCGUGAUGUCAUCCCAGCCCUGGCGCGGCCACGCGCUCCUGAAUCUCCGCACCGGCGAGCGCGUCGCCCUGCCGGAGAGGGUGCGCAUCCCACUCGAGUUCGGCCUCGGCGUCAUCACGUGCCCCAUGAUGAUCCGCGCAGCCGUCAUGUCCUCGGCGCCGCCGUCUGGCGCCUGCUUGGUCGCUGCGGUAACGUCUAGCCAGACCAACCUGGCGUUCUGGCGGCCAGGCAUGGAAUGCUGGUUGUCGGCGCCGGCGGUAGGGAGGUUUGUGCGCAACGCCGAAGACAUCACUUACCACGACGGAUGGUUCUGCGCCGUUGAAUCAGAUGAUGACCUCGUCUGCUACAAGCCGGAAAUCGCCCCUGCUGAAGACGGCGCCCCUUCGCUGACCAUUCGACAUCACGCCUACAAUCUCCAUGUCCAUGGUCACCGGACGGCACCCGGGGAGAUCGUCUCCCGCUACCUCCUGCCCUCCGCAUCCGGUGCCGAUCUGCUGAUGGUGAAAAGGUUCAUCGCGCCGACGAGAGGCGGCACCUGCCGGUUCCAGGUCUUCAGGCUGCAGGAGGGACUGCCGGCUUCCUGGCGCCUGUACAAGAAGAGCGGGCAGGUGCUCUUCGUCGGCCGGGCCUGCUCCAAGGCCUUCUACACGGGGCACACCGGCGGCCCGGGCUAUAUCUACUUCCUCGACGACGUCUACACCGGUGGUCCGCACAGUGUCGCCCAGCAGAACGAGUAUCCCUGCGUCGACGCCGGCGGGUGGCGUUACUCAGUCCCCGACGAGAUCCAGCGCUGCCUUCCAUGGUUGCCCCCCUCGGACACCUCGCCAUGCAUUUGGUACCACCAUUAA